AACCCGAUAAUAUAAAAACAUCUGAGCAUACAUUGAUAUUUUUCUCAUCUGUACAACUAUGUUAUUAGCGCCUUCAUAUUCAACAUGAGUUCCAACAAGAAAGAUAACAAUGGUUGGAUUCUUUGCCCAUCCAAAAGAUUUCCGGGUAAAUUUUACUACUUCAACGUUUUGAAUGGCGAAGCCGCUUGGAGCUUGAACGACGCAGAACAAAAUAUACUGCGAAAAGAUGCAGUCCUUCAAAAAGCUGAUAAAUCCCAUUCAUAUCCUGAGCCAACAAGUCCACCAGCGGAAUCACCAACAGCCAACACAAACCUCCAGAAAACAGUCCCCAAUAUUACUAGAAGGAUUACAAAUAUUCCACAACCAUCACCAAUGUUUGGCCAACCUUUGUUCCCGCAAUACAUUUCAAAUGUCGAACCAUACAUGCAGAAUAUAAUAUGGGCUCCUAUGAUGCAAAUGCCAAUGUUUGCCAAACCAAAGCAGGACCAAGUAACCCAAACCUGGGAACCAGACAGAGGCAUGUUCGUUCAAACUUGUACUAUACCAUUAUCACAGAGAUUCGUAAAUUAUGAAGAACCAAAUACAAUAUUUAAUGCCAACAUAAAUAGUCAUGUUUUUGGUCAAACUCCGAAUAAAUCUAACCUUUUUACAAACUUUCAUGAAACUGCUAAUUCUGACAGAGUUAUGGGUAAUUCUCAAUUAUUUCCACCAACUGGACAUAGUGUAGGUGUCAAUAGAUCAGUAAAUAAAAUUGUAAGACAAAGAACUCGGUCAGAAUCUAGUAACGCGUAUUUUUAUGAUGACAACAGCAGAGCUGCCAACACUCAAAUAAUUAAUCCUAAAAGCCCGUCUGGCCAACAUGAAGAAAGUGGUAGGCACAGAACACUAUCAGAUUCUGAUAUUUUUGAAAAUCCAGUUAAAUUUGAGUCAAAACCUCAUUUUAAUCAACAUCUUAAUAUUCAUAAUGUUCCAAAACAAAAUAUGGAAUCAAAACAUUCAACAACAGAUAAACCUAAAACCAACUUUGUUUUGCGAAAACCAAUCUUCACUCCAAACAUUAAGAUUCACAGUUCAAUAACUCAAAUGAAUACAAUUGGGAAUGUAGAAAAAGAUAUAAAAAGAAAUACAAGGAGUACUUUGUGGUGUAAGGAGAAUAAAAAAAGUAUGAAUGAUAAUAAAAAUGGUUCAUUUGUAUCUGUUUUGGAUAAAAAUGAUUCAAAUGAAAAUGAAGAUUACAAAAAUCUUGACAAAAAUGAUUUGAGAUUUACAUUAGUGGAGAAGAAGCGAAGAAAAUCUAUUAGUUUAGAAAAUAGUAACACUGGAGAAAGUCAGACCCAGGCCCCGAGCCAAACAAAAAAGAAAAUGGUUAAGAAGAGAGUAAUGUUUGACUUGGACUCCAGCGACGAGAGCUCAGAUGGAAAUCAAGAUGGCGAGGAAAAUCCAUCACAACAUGUGACUAUACACACUCUUCGUGGAUUGGUGGAUCACAUUACGGAUUGCUGGUACAUUAUAGUGGAUUCUAAUGUCUUAAUCGACGAAUAUGAGUUUAUCGACAAGUUUGUACAGUUAGAUAAAGAUUGCCGUUUGAUAGUGCCUUACGCGGUAGUAUCAGAAAUAGAGGGGUUCUGUUACGGCGACUGUCGCGGGCGACAGCGAGUCAUUGUCGCGAGACAGCUGACCAGGAAGCUGGCAACACCGCCACCUCAUAUCAUCGUUCAAACUGCGGAAGACGAAGACCACGUAUUUAAGAAAAUGUCCACUCUGGGAAGGAUUUUGAAUUGCUGUUUGCAAGUCGAUCAACAAAGCGAUCUUGUGGUACUCUUUACUGACAACAUGACAUUAUACAAUAAAGCUAAAUCCCUAAAGAUUCACUGUUACAAACUAAAAGAUAUCAAAGAUGGCGCUUCAAUACCAGAAGUGAUGAUUUCAGAACCACAAAAGAUCACAUUGAAAAAUGAAUCACCAAAGAAUUUGUUUUUGAAAAAAGAUCAUCCAUUUCUCAAUCAAGACUCAAAAUUUGUAAGUUGUAAAAAAACUUUAUUCACCAAAGAAAAUGUAUUAAAAAGUUGUGACGUACAGACAGAAGUCAAUACAACUGAUGCUAAUACAUCUCCGAUAAAAUUUGAAGAAAAAAAUAAUGAUGAGAAAGAAAAAUUUAAUGAAUAUUUAAAUUUCGACUUCGAUACUGACUCCGAUACUACAGCCAUAAGUAAAACUUUGAAAAAUCUAGUAAUAAAAGAUAAAAACAGUAAUAUUAUUUACAAAAGCGAUAAAAUGGACAAAAACAAAAAGGAGUCGUUUGAAAUUCAAAUCAGAAAUAAAAAUUGCUUUCCUCAGCAAGAUAUUAAAACAAACCAGUUACAAAAAUCAAAAAAAGAAUCUACCGUCGGUAAAACAGGUGAAUCAAAAAACAACUCGUUCCAAAAUCAAAAUAAAUCAAAUGAUAAUGAGGUAGAAAGUGUUAGAAAAAAUAAAACCAUAGAGUUGAUGGAAGAACAAUUUAAAAAGUCAAUAAAGGAGAAAUUGAAAUAUAGGUUUCAAGUGAUUAACAAGUUUAUGGAAGUGAACAUAAGGUCUCAUAUUGAUGAGUGGAUUUGCACAUUCAAACAAAUCAUGGAAAAUGCUAUAUCUGAUUUGUUGCGGAAUUCAACCUUGGUCCCUGCCAGUGUACCGACAUUUCUAACCCUCCUCGAAGGUAUGAAGUGUGUCAGACAAGCUUACAAAAUGUAUUGGAUGGUGACCAUGCUGACUGACGAAUUGUCACUAUUGUUGAUAACUCAUACCGAUAAAAGAGGUGAAAUAAAACUUGACAUAAAACCGGAAGAGUUUAUGCGUGUGUUUGGAUGUGCCGUACUUCUAAUUGAAACCUUGGAGGUCACAGAGAACAGUCCGCAUAUAACAGAAACCCAUCAACUUUUGCUGAGCAUGCACGGCCACCUGCGGCACGGGCCCGAGCUGGUGGAGCUGGUCGGCGCGCCGGCGGGCUGCGUCCACACCGCAGAGCACGAGGACGUGAAGAGACACAAUUUUACUAAGAAGUCGUCAGAAAUAAUACAAUAUUUGAAGAAACAUUUCCCGGCUUGGCAAGAUUAUUCUGAGCCGCCGUCGCCAGUUACCAACGAGGUUAUAACGCAAAAUGACACAACAAUAGUUCGCACGUUCGGACGCAACUUAAAUUUAUUGACCAUAGACAAAACAAAGUCUAUGACAAUGCAAGAGACCACAGACAACGAGAAAGAGGAUAAACCGAAAGAACUUACUGAAAUAAAUAUUUCGGAAAACACAUUAUUGAACUCACAAACGACUUUGAAUCUUAACGAUAGCACUGAACCGAAUAUAGUGAGGCUCUUUGAUACGUCCACGUCGUUUCCCAAGACAAAAAAUGUUAAUAAAAAUAAUACUAUCAGUUUGACGCCUAAACACGAAAACACAUUUGACGAUAAAACCGAAACGGCUGGACCGAAAGUGAUAAGAAACGUCAAAUUGAUAGACGCUUUCGAGGAGAAAUUAAAAUCGAAAAUCGAUGAAGAUAUAAAUUAUUUGCAAUUUGACGGCACAAUAUCUUUAGAUGAUAUUUCUUUGUGCACAAUUGUCGAUGGUCCGAAUCAUAAGAUUGGAAAAAAUGAUAUAGUAUCAUUUAAUGAUGACAAAAUCAGUAAAGAACAGAAUAAUGAUUCGAAACCUAAUGAUAGUUCAACUAACGACAGUGGAUUUGAAAAUGAAAACGACACGUACACAUUUCUGCAAACAUUUUUGAGCGAACUAAGUGGAUCUUUAAAAUUAAUACAUAGUUUCAUCGAGGCGAGUGUUAAGGAGUUUCGCAAAAAUUUGCAUUGCGAAAAAAAGAAAACUAUACAAGAAAAGGCGACGGCUACUCAUGGCCAUUUGACGGGAAUUAUAUAUAAACUGAAAUGCAUCGUCCAAAGAGAAGCUGAUGACGUGACGCCUCUGAAAGAGAUCAUUUUGAAGGCGGACGUCGUUGUGGUGGGAGACAAACGGCUGAUGAGAUACAGGCAAGUUGUAAUGAAAUGCCUCGAACAAGCGCAAAUGUUGGAAUCUGCGUUACAACAGCUCCUCGCCAUCAUGAACGGGGAAUACGAAGUCACUUUUUACACCGACCGGGCAACAUUUUUAAAUAUAUUCGAAUAACAUCA